GCCCUCACUGGCGCAGCGGGCGUGCAGUCUCGGCCCUCGCUCCAUCCCACUCCACGCAAAAAUGCGCGUCGCGACUACCGAUCGCGCUGUAUCACCGCGCAGGCGUUUGAGCGUGCACGCGUGAAUGUUGAGCGCCGGCUGGGAAUACGUAGCGGGCGAGACGGGCGCGGACGUUUUACGGUCCCGCGGCUCCGGCCAAUUCGAGUGUUCCCGCGGCGUAUAUGUGCGAAUAUCUGUGUCCGUUUCAGGGGGAGCGAGACGCCUUUGACAGCUCUUAUACCACUCCCUAGCCGCGCUCGCUCGCUAUCUACCCUUUGUCCCCACUCGCCCCCCAUGGCCUCCCCCAUUGCAUCCUCGUCGUCUGGCAGCACGGAGCGCCCGUUCACGGUCGCGGUCCCGCAGGCGGACAUCGACCUGCUGCGCGCGAAGCUCGCGCUCACGCGGCUGCCGGACGAGCUCGAUGGCGCGGGGUGGACGUACGGCGCGCCGCUCGCAGACGUGCGGCGGCUCGCGGCGCGCUGGGGCAGCGCGUUCGACUGGCGCGCGGCGGAGGGCGCGAUCAACGCGAUCCCGAUGUAUACGCGCGAUGUGGAGGUGGCGGGGCAUGGGACGCUGAAUGUGCAUUAUAUACAUCGGACGAGCGCGGUGCGGGGCGCGAUCCCGCUGCUGUUCGUGCAUGGGUGGCCGGGGCACUUCCUGGAAGUGCGGAAGCUGCUGCCGUUGUUGGCGGCGGGCCCUGAGGGGAGCCCGAGUUUCCACGUCGUUGCGCCGAGCUUGCCUGGGUUUGGGUUCUCGGAGGCGCCAAGGAAACCUGGGUUUGGAGGGCGUCAGUAUGCUGAACUUCUGAAUAAGCUGAUGCUGUCGCUGGGAUACGAAGAGUACGUUUAUCAAGGGGGCGAUUGGGGACACAUGCUGGGGGCGUGUACGGCCGCUGAGUACGGGCACACCCACCUCAAGGCGUGGCACACAAAUAUACCCAUCAGCUCCGGGCCACCGAGCUUCCUCUCGCACCCUCUCGCAUACCUCCGGAACCUACUACCUUAUGACAACGAAACACGCACACGACUGCAGGUGACGGCACGGCACAACGCGCAGGGGAGCGGGUACAUGAUCGAGCAGGCGACGAAGCCGCAGACGAUCGGGUACAGCCUCGCGGACUCGCCGGUCGGGCUGCUCGCGUGGAUCUACGAGAAGCUCGUGGCGUGGACGGACGGGUACCCGUGGACGGACGAUGAAGUGCUGGAGUGGGUGUCGAUCUACUGGUUCUCGCGCGCAGGGCCUGCGGCGUCGGUCCGAAUAUACUACGAGAUGACAGGGGGCCACGGGAAGAGCGAGGAGGCGUUGGCGCGGAUGGGGAAGGUGGCGGGGCCUGUGCCCGUCGGACUCUCGUACUUUCCGCGGGAGCUGUUCCAUGUGCCUAAGUGGUGGGCGUGUACGCUGGGCGCGGUCGUGUUUGUGGGCGAGCACGGGAAGGGCGGGCACUUCGCGGCGCACGAGCAGCCCGAGGCGUUGGUGGGCGAUUUGCGGACGAUGUUUGGGCGCGGUGGGGGCGCGUACGGGGCAGUGUCCGGGAAAGACGGAUAUGCGAAGAGCGGGUAG